AUGAUUUUCCGUGCGCGCGUAGGCAAUAAGAAAGACAACGUCACGAUCGUCUACACGCCGUGGGCGAACCUGCACAAGAAUGCCGGCAUGGCGACGGGGCAGGUGGGGUUUCGGGAUCCGAAAAGGACCAAAAAAACCCUCGUCCCCACCCGCCUCAACCCGACGAUCAACCGGCUGGAGAAGACGCGCCGGGCGCGCCCCGUCGACGACCUGCCCGCGGACAAGGAGGCGCACCUGGCGCGGCAGCGGGCGACGAAGCGGGCGGAGAACGAGAGGCGGCAGAAGGAGGAGGACGGGGUGGCGCGGGGGCGGAGGGAGGAGAAGGAGAGGCGGGAGAGGGGGUAUGAGGAUCUCAUGGCCGAGGGGGGCAGGAGCAACGAGGAGGGGUUCGACGAGGAUGAUUUCAUGUGA